UGCAAGCGAAGGCAGGUGCAUCUGUCCUUCUGACACCCCUACACGCACAGGCAGACCCACCGCCCGGAGAUAUAGUCGGCGCUGCUACUACAAGCAGUACGUCUGUCCUUGAUCCUCCCACUGCCAAUAGCGAUGUCCGACACAGUCUAUGACGUGAUGGGCUUUCUCGGAGGAUGUGUCAUGGCCGCGAGUUUGGUGCCUCAAGUUUACCGCGUCACCGUGCGAAAGAAAGCCGCUGAUAUAAGCCACACGUACCAGGUGGUUUUCGUGACGGGAAUCGUCAUGUUUCUCGUGUUCUACGGGUACUAUGAGCUCUGGGAGUUGUUCUUCCCAGCCCUUGCGUCUAUGAUGCUCCAGAUCUACCUGGCCGUCUUGAAGAUCCGCCUGGAACGAUGCCCCCGCCGACAUACGGCGGCUGCGCCCUCGACGGUUGCUAGCGAAACGCCCGGCGAAGGCGCAACGCUUGACAACGGGUCAAGCGAGAGAACUCCUCUGCUGAAGUCGGUGUAA